AUGACCCCACCACUCUGUACAACAAGCAAUGGCGCUCCGAUGCCCCGGUUUGGGUUGACGGCAUCUGCCACUGCUGGAUCAACAGGCCCUCUUCUCCUGGAAGACUUCGAAUUCAUCGACCACCUGUCGCAUUUUGACCGUGAGCGGGUACCGGAGCGCGUUGUUCACGCCAAAGGUGGCGGUGCUUUCGGGUACUUUGAAGUGACUCACCCUGAGAUCACGGAGUUCACUUGUGCCAAGAUGUUUUCGGAAGUUGGUAAGCGCACGCCCGUUGCAGCUCGUUUUUCAUUCGUGACGGGUGAGUCUGGUAGUCCUGAUACGACGCGCGACCCACGCGGUUUCGCUCUUAAAUUUUACACGGAAGAAGGUAAUUGGGAUCUCGUGUGCAACAAUACGCCGAUCUUUUUCAUUCGCGAUCCAAUACUCUUCCCAAGCUUUAUCCACUCGCAGAAGCGUCUGCCCGCUUCGCACUUAAAAGAUGCCAAUAUGGUCUGGGAUUUCUUUUCACUCCGUCCCGAGUCACUGCACAUGCAAACGUGGCUUUUCUCGGAUCGUGGAAUUCCCGCCGGCUACCGAUUCAUGAACGGCUACGGCAGUAACACGUUUGCUAAUGUCAAUGCUGAGGGAAAAAGGACGUAUGUGAAGUACCAUUUCAAGACGGAUCAAGGUAUCCGCAAUAUGCCUGUGGAAGAAGCUGCCUAUCUUGCUGGUGCCGACCCCGACAUUGCCAAUCGAGACUUGUUUGAAGCCAUCGAAGGUGGUGAAUUUCCAUCUUGGACGUUGUAUAUUCAGACGAUGACUCCUGAGCAAGCCAAGAAACAUAACUUGAUUGCGUUUGAUGUGACAAAGGUGUGGCCGCAUGGAGACUUUCCACUGAAAGAAGUCGGACGACUGGUAUUGAACAGGAACCCGCGCAACUACUUUGCCGAGAUUGAGCAGCUUGCUUUUUCUCCAUCGCACAUGGUCCCUGGGAUUGCGCCGUCACCCGACAAAAUGCUGCAAGGACGUUUGUUCUCGUACCCGGACACGUUGCGUCACCGUUUAGGUAAAAACUAUCAGCAGAUUCCGGUGAAUCGGCCGCUGAAGGAACCACAAACGUACCAGCGGGAUGGCCCCUUUGUGGUAAACGGGAACAUGGGCGACGCGCCGACGUACUUCCCGAAUAGCCUAGGUGGGCCGCAAGAAUCUGAGUCACUCCGUUACAACUCGUACGAGGGGGAGCACGCUGUAGUGGACAAAUAUUCGUCCGCGUAUGAUGACAACCUAUCGCAAGUUCGUGUUUUCUACCGCAAGGUGCUGGACGAAGCAGCGCGUGACCGACUUGCGGAAAAUAUCGCUACUUCGCUCGUGAAUGCUUCCGAGCCGGUGCAGGAGCGUACGUUGAAGAAUUUUAAAAGUGUCGAUGAGGACUACGCACACCGCGUGAAGGUAAAAAUGGAUAAGAUGUUGAAGACGAAGCACUCAAUCUUCAAUUUCAAGAAGGAUUCAACGGCACCCCUUAAUCCACCGCGCAAGGGUUUCACGCCGGUGGCACCAUAA